AUGUUUUUCCCACUAAUGAGAUAUUACUUACUUGUAGGUAAGAAUUCUUUUAUAUGGUUGGGACCAAAUCCAGCAAUGCUCAUCAUGGACCCAGAACUUAUAAGGGAGAUCUUGUCGAAGAGUAAUAUUUUCCAGAAACCUCCCCCAGCACUCACGAAGCUGCUAGCCAAAGGAAUCUUGAGCUAUGAAGCAGAUAAAUGGGCUAAACAUAGAAGAAUCAUCAAUCCUACUUUUCAUCUUGACAAGUUGAAGCAUAUGGUACCUUCAUUUCAUUUGACUACUUGUGAGAUGUUGACCAAAUGGGAGAAAAUUGUCUCGACGGAAAUAUCAGAGGUAGAUGUGUGGCCAUAUCUUCAAACUUUGACAAGUGAUGCCAUCUCAAGAACUGCUUUUGGAAGUAGCUAUGAAGAAGGUAGAAAGAUACACAAACUUCAACAAGAACUAGCCAAAAUUAUUGUAAAAGAGACAGAGGCAAGUUACAUUAGUGCUGGCAUCACUGACUGUGCAGCCCAAUUGGUGAAAGGUGAUCCCCUUAAGGUGGAUGUAAAGGAGCCAGAGUAUUUGCCUACUGUAUGGUCAAUGAUUUUACUGAGCAAACACUUCGAUUGGCAAGCUCGUGCUAGAGAAGAGGUUUUGCAAGUCUUUGGCAGCAACAUACCUGAUUAUGAUAAGUUGAAUCAACUCAAUGUUGUAACCAUGAUUAUCCAAGAAGUCUUGAGAUUAUAUACACCAAAGUUUUUGAUGGGUAGAGAGGUACACAAAGAAACCAAAUUGGGCAACUUGUCAAUACCAAGUGGACUGCAACUCCUAUUGCCAACAAUACUGUUGCAUCAUGACCAAGAAAUAUGGGGUGAAGAUGCUAAGGAAUUCAAUCCAGAGAGGUUUAGUGAAGGAGUCAACAGAGCAACAAAAGGGAAAUUUGCAUAUUUUCCAUUUAGUUGGGGACCUAGAAAUUGCAUUGGAAGAAACUUUGCUAUGUUGGAGGCUAAAAUGGCACUUGCUAUGAUUCUACAACAAUUUUCUUUUGAGGUUUCUCCAUCUUAUGCUCAUGUUCCUUAUUCAGUGUUCACUCUUCUACCUCAAUAUGGUGCUCAACUAAUUCUAAACAAGCUAUAGAUACGGAUAAGAUUUGCAUAAAUUUUAUCCUUCG